GUUCCUGCAGCGCUGUUCUACCGGCUGAAACAGAAGGGCUUCCAGGAGUGCAGGCCAUAUGCAGACGCAUAUGCGCAGUGCUGCUCAGGGCGCGUGCUGUCAGUGGUGUGGACUUGCCGCAAAGAAUUGAAGGCGCUCUCUGAUUGCAUG